CGUCAUCGCACUAGAAGAAGAGCCAGUUUUGGAGCAAACCUGGAGCAAACAUGGCUUCCCCUGCCGGUUGUGAGCAUUAUGUGCGUAGCUGCUUAUUGAAAGCACCCUGCUGUGGUAAACUGUAUGUGUGUCGGCUGUGCCACGAUGCGGAGGAGAACCACCAGAUGGAUCGAUUCAAAGUCCGAGAGGUGCAGUGCUCCGAGUGUCAAACAGUGCAGCAGGCGAAGCAGACUUGCCAGCAGUGUCAUGUGCAGUUUGGGGAGUAUUACUGUGACAUUUGCCACUUGUUUGACAAGGAUAAGAAGCAGUACCACUGUCUGCCCUGUGGAAUAUGCAGGAUUGGGCCCAGGGGGAAUUAUUUCCAUUGUGAAAAGUGCAAUCUGUGUUUAGCCCAGGAUCUGCGGGGAAACCACAAGUGUGUUGAAAAUGUUUCGAGGCAGAACUGCCCAGUGUGUAUGGAGGAUAUUCACACGUCCAGAAUUGGAGCUCACGUUCUUCCAUGCGGCCAUCUUUUACACAAGACCUGCUUCGAUGACAUGGUCAGAACAGGAGCGUAUCGCUGCCCCCUGUGUAUGCACUCUGCCUGGAACAUGGAGGACCACUGGGAUCAAAUCGACAAAGACAUUGCCCAGUCACCGAUGCCCACUGAAUACCAGGGUGCUACUGUCAAAAUUAUAUGUAACGACUGCCAAGCCCAUUGCACAGUGCCUUUCCACGUGCUGGGGAUGAAGUGCAGCGGCUGUGGUUCGUACAACACAGCACAGGACGGGGGACUGAUCCAGCAGCCUGAGCAACAGCAGCCUGAGCCACAGCAGCCAGAGCAGGACGCUGAGAACGAGGCAGAAACAGACACAGAGCCAGAGCAGCAAGAUCCGCCUCAGUCACCCACGCCACAUUAAGAUUGCAGCCAACCACACUGGGGGACAUUUGUGCAUAUAGACAUUUGGCUGGUGCACUUACUCGUACUAACUUACAUUGAGUGUAACGGUAGACUGAGCCAAUAUUCCUAGAUUGUACAAAAUACCCCAAAAAUCCAUCUAUUUUCUGUACCUGCUUAUCCUCUUCAGGGCCAGGCAACCUAUCCCAGCAUACAUUGGGUGAGAUGAAGGGUUUCAGGCUUUCACAGGACUAACCUAACAGCUUGAUUUAUGGUUCUGCGGAGGCUCCACGCAGAGCUUUCGCCGUAGCCUACGUAAGUGGCCCGAUGUUAUAUAUAUAUAUAUAUAUACGCGUUGGUGUGUGGGGGGCUUAUCUGUGUUUUUUGUGUAGGUGCCUUGAAGGCAGCGGUCGCAGCGCUGCCUGGAAGGAGCAGUUGGGAGUAAAAGACACCAUCGAGCUGUGUGGGGAGUGGGUGAUAGAGAGAGAGUGGCGGCGAUUAGCUUCCCUGUGCUUUCCGACCAAGGUGGGACACGCCGCGACACGUAGUUAACAUUUUUGGAGAGGUGCACGUCAGGCUACGGUGUAGGGUCCGCCGUAGGUCCGUGUCUCCACGUACCUACGUACGUAGCAACGGCGUAGAUUUUACGCAGAAGUAUACAUCAAGCUUAACACACAUUCAAACCUAAAGGCGAUUUAAAAAAAAUUAUUAAAAUAAAAAAACUUUCCCUCUGAGGGCUCAUCAAGGAUUAAA